ACAUCGGGGUCGGACUUUCGGAGCCCAUUCACAGAAUCACAGCCCUACCGGCUACUACAGUCAUUCCACUCAACAUAAACACCAGAGGAAAACAGAGGGACACGCACCAGCGAGGAAGUAGUUGAGCUUUGAGACCUCCGCCUGCCUUCGAUGCAUUCGAGAAGAAUAACUACACAGACAGCAAUCUAACCUUAACUACCUCUUCUUCUGCAUUUCCACAUUUCUUCGAUCUUCUUCAAUUCCAUCUCUCGCCAAGAAAACAAUGGCGGGUUUACUCAACAUUGGAACCUCCUUCAUCCCUUCUUCCUCCACCUCGAAACUCCUCCGAUACCCUAGCUCUUUGCCUCCAGCUAAUAGAAACAAUCCCUCCAAUAGAACCCUUAUCCAGGCCAAGAUCCGGGAGAUCUUCAUGCCUGCAUUGAGUUCGACGAUGACGGAAGGGAAGAUUGUUUCCUGGGUGAAGUCCGAAGGCGAUAAGCUCGCCAAAGGGGAGAGUGUCGUUGUUGUCGAAUCCGACAAGGCUGAUAUGGACGUCGAGACUUUCUACGAUGGCUACUUGGCUGCAAUCAUGGUCGAGGAGGGUGGUGUGGCGGCUGUUGGAUCCGCUAUUGCUCUCCUUGCAGAGACUGAGGAGGAGAUAGCUGAGGCCAGAUCGAAGGCCAAUUCUUCUUCUUCUUCUUCUUCUUCUUCUUCUUCUUCUUCUGCUUCUUCGUCGACUGUGGCUUCGAAGCCACCGCAGGAGAAAACCCCAGAAGCUGUAGCUUCAAGUCCUGCUCCGUCUCUAUCCAAGCAAGCUUCUGCGCCUUCUGUUGUUGCUGCAUCUUCAGUUCAUCCGGCCUCUGAAGGGGGAAAGAGGAUUGUUGCCUCUCCCUAUGCAAAGAAGCUCGCAAAGGAGUUGAAGGUGGAUUUGGGUUCUCUGGUUGGGAGUGGACCGAUGGGGAGAAUUGUUGCCAAAGAUGUCGAGGCGGCUGCUGCUGCUGCUGUUUUGACUGAGAGUCCAAAACCAGCUGCUUCUCCUGCUCCCUCCCCUGCCAAGGUUUCUACCACCCCGGGCAUUGAAUUGGGUACUGUUGUCCCGUUCACGACAAUGCAGGGUGCUGUUAGUAGAAACAUGGUUCAGAGCCUCACGGUGCCAACGUUUAGAGUUGGAUAUACAAUUACUACAGAUGCCCUGGACCAACUAUACAAGAAAAUUAAAUCAAAGGGAGUAACCAUGACAGCAUUGCUUGCAAAGGCAACUGCACUUGCUUUGGUCAAACACCCAGUUGUGAAUUCUAGCUGUAGGGAUGGUAAGAGCUUUACAUACAAUAGUAGCAUAAACAUUGCUGUUGCUGUAGCUAUGGAUGGCGGGUUGAUCACACCAGUUCUUCAGGAUGCUGACAAGCUUGAUAUCUACUCAUUGUCAAGAAAAUGGAAAGAAUUGGUUGACAAGGCCCGUGCAAAGCAGCUGCAACCUCAUGAGUACAAUACAGGGACAUUCACUCUUUCAAAUCUUGGGAUGUUUGGCGUGGACCGUUUUGAUGCCAUUUUGCCUCCUGGAACUGGAGCAAUCAUGGCUGUUGGAGCAUCUCAGCCUACUGUAGUUGCUACCAAGGAUGGCCGGAUUGGUAUGAAAAGUCAGAUGCAGGUAAAUGUUACAGCUGAUCAUCGUAUCAUAUAUGGUGCUGAUCUGGCAGCAUUUUUGCAAACUCUGGCAAACAUUAUUGAGGAUCCUAAAGAUCUCACCUUCUAACUUCGCUGCAUGGGGACUGAAUUGGGUCAUAUUGGUUUCUGUUAUUCAAGAUGAUCUUCUAAUGUUAAGGCUGCCAUUAUCAAGUUGCUUUGUUGCUGAUGUGCAAUGGUGACAGAAUAGACUUAUUUUGUUAGCAUCAGUCCGUUGGCAGUUUGAACAGGAAUGAAGAGUGGAGUUUUGACAAGCAAUUGAUGUUUAGAUUCUUUCUCUUUUUCCUUUUUUGAAGCCCUUUUUUCACUUGAAGUUUUAAACAAUCAACAUUAGAUUUUCCUAUUCCAAUCUGUCUUAUCUGUAUGAAUGAUUCAUGCCACUUUAAGGUUAAUUAUUUUUUUCUUAAUUAUACUCAGCAUUGAAUGUAGAGCAUAAUCCACGAGUGGCUGGAUCCAAAAAGCUUCAAUAUUGGAGGGUAAUUCCCUUACCAUUCUGACUUUAUUAGAACUUUA